AUGUUCGAAGAGGCAGAAUUUGACGACAUGUCCGCAAUGGAGGCAAGUACUACGCUCUCCACGCCGCCAGACGUGGUCACACCGCACAUCACGUUUUCUCCCGUAAGGGGCGGCUUUGUACAGUUCCACAAGCCCGGCGACGAGGGCUUCAGUGUGGUGGCCGGUGCUUGCGACGACGCGGACGCUCGCCACGACUCCUACUUCAUGAGCGGUGACGCCUGGCUGUCAGAGGAGUGCCACUGCAUCCAGUGCGAAACACUCCGUGUGAUGUCCCGCUUCUCAGAGCUGUGCAGCAAACCGGAGCUGUCACCGGUGAUUGUCCUCGUGGAUCUGGACAACUUCGGCUUUAAUCAGUUCAAGUCCAUCCCGCCCUACACCGAUGCGGAACUGCUGGACAACGUGCUUGUAUGGGCGUUCUUCGGAUCUUGUUUUACGCGCCACCACCGUGCGUGGCCCAAUGCGCAGACGGUGUGCGAGCCGCUCCCGAGCCGCGCCGCAGCACCGCACGAGACAACAAAGAAGUCGAUCUGGCAGAUUCUCGUCGAGCGAAAUCAAGCCUUCUUCACGCCUUGCGGUGGGCAGAGUCAAGCCGCCGACAGCGUCAUGCGCCGCGUCAUCGAGGCCCUGCACGGCGUGGAUACAAUUUUUCUGACGGGGGACGCGAAGCUGAUCAACGAAAUUUAUCGCUCCCGUCGUUUGCGGGGCAUGAAGACGAAGCGUCACCACGAAGGUGAAAUGACCGAUCGACUGACCGUAAUCAACGUCGCAGACCUAGAGAAGCGCUUUGUGCCGGUAUGGAGGGCGUUGUGCCAGCGGAUUCGCGCCAACCUUCGCACAUCGGAUUUCUCCAGCAGCGACGACAGUGAGGAAGGCCGUCUGCGCGUUUCCUGA